AUGCAUCCCCUCCUCGUCGCUGCGUUCACCCAAGGCGGCAUCGACGCGUCCACAGUGACGCUGAGGGGCAACAUUGCCAAGGCGACAGCCUCGCUACCAGAAUCGUCAUCACCAUCGUCGUCUUCGUCCUCCUCUGAAACCUACUAUGCCAAAACGGCGCACACGGCUACAGACAUUGCGCACAUGUGCGGCGAGGCGGCCAGCCUGCGUGCCAUGAGCCUCACUGCGCCGCCGGGCCUCGUGCCGCGCGUGAUGCACAGCGUUCCUGUGCCACCCACAGGUCUUCCCGAGACCAUCGACAGUGACCAUGACCCCGCCAGCGCCAGUGCUGGCGACAUGCCGACAGCCAUGGCUGGACUCGAGUACACGGGCAAAUACGGCUUUGCGGUCCCCACACACUGUGGUGCCAAUGAGCAAGACAACCGAUGGGAGGAGAGCUGGGAGGUCUUCUUCCGUGACCGCCGCCUGGGACAUAUCGUACACUUGCUCAACGACAAGCGCGUCGGCACGGCAUGGGAGGAGAUGAAGGAGCGGUGGGUCGAACGCGACGCGAGUGACGGCGUGCCGGUCAUCUACGAUCCGGCGAGUUACUAUGGACACGCUGAGGCUGAUCUCGGUAUCACCCACAUGUUCGGCGGCUUCUCACCCGCGUUCUACGAAGCGUACCACUCGGUCCAUCCCCGAUCCCAGCCGUAUUAUGAGCAGCGGCAGACAUUGUAUGAGCUGUACCACCACUUGAAUCACGCUGUCCUCUUUGGCGGGGGAUCGUAUACGUCGUCGGCGUUGAGGAUGAUGCGUCAACUUGUAGCCUGGGCCGAGGAGCAAUAA